AUGGCUUCUCGAAGGGUCUCUAAGGCCGGUGCAUCCAAUGGAAAGCUGUUUUACAAUUGUCCUGUUGGUCAAUGUGACUCCUUUGUUUGGCAAGACGAUCUCGCUCGUGGCGGCAAUCCACAGCAGAAUCGAGGCCCACCUUCGUACGGAAACUUGAACGCUGGUCCUCAAAGGCCCAACAGCAAUGAUUCUGGAAGUUUGACGUUUGGCCAACCCAAUAAUGACGCAAAUCGCCCGUUAUUGGCCGUAUCCUUCUCCAUUCACAACUCGGAAUUCAUCGCUGGCUGGGCGUCACCCAAUCGCACUGAUCUAUUCAAGAAAUUAGCUGGUGCAAAAUGGGACGUCGCUGCCAAUUGCCACUUGAUCCCUGGCAAAUCAUAUCAGCAGGCCAUCGUCACUGCUAGAGACUUUGCUGCAAAUCAAGGAUUCAGUAUCAUCAUCAAGGAUAUCCCAAAAUUCGUAUUGGACGCAUACCAUAGUAUUGCACUGUCACCUCCUCCUCGUCAGGGGCAAUCUGACUUUGAGAUUGAAGGAGAGAUGGAAUUACGUCUACCUGAUCGGCUCAGUGAGAGCUUCAUGUCUUUUCAACGUGAUGGAGUACGUGAAGCUGUAAAGAGAGGUGGACGUGUCUUGAUUGGUGAUGAAAUGGGUCUUGGAAAGACAAUUCAAGCAUUGGCUCUCUGCUACUAUUAUAAGGAUUCUUGGCCUGUUCUUAUAAUUUGUCCUUCAUCUUUGCGUCUCACUUGGAAGGCUGAAAUUAAAAACUGGCUGGGUGUCUCUGACCAACAUAUUCAAGUCAUCUUUAAUGGAAAGACAAAGAUUGAUCGCGAUGCCAAGCUUAUCAUUAACAGUUACGAUCUGAUGACCAAAAUGGAAGCAGAGGCUUCAGACUGGAGAUUCAAAAUCGUUGUUUGUGAUGAAUGUCAUUACUUAAAGAAUAAGGAUGCCAAGAGAACCAAGGUCAUUCAACCUCUGGUGCAACGUGCCCAGCAUGCAUUUCUGCUGUCUGGAACACCUGCUCUCUCUCGACCUAUUGAACUAUAUACCCAGAUCAGCAUGUUGGUCAAAAACUAUACGAAUCACCAUACCUUUGGUCUUCGAUAUGCCAACGCACACAAGGACCACUUUAAUCGAUUCGACUAUAGUGGUUCAUCAAAUCUUACCGAACUACACUGGUUUCUUGAAAAGACAAUCCUCAUUCGUAGAUUGAAAAAGGAUGUCAUGCAGCAACUGCCACAAAAGUCACGGUCUUACAUCAUGGUAGAUAUACCUGCCAAAUACAAAAAGUCAUUGGCCGAGAUGAUGAAAAAGGCAACAGAUUUGGACGCGAAGCUCGACAAGGCAAAGAAUAUAGCUGGUGAAGCCAAGGAACGUGUGAGAAAUGAAAAAAGGACCAAUCUUACUGCCCUGUAUGGGCAAACUGGUGAAGCCAAGUUACCAGCAGUAUUGGAAUACAUGGAGGAACUCCUCACCACCACCUCACAAAAGUUUCUUAUAUUCGCACAUCAUCGAGCCGUAUUGGAUGGUAUCGCUCAACGUAUCGAUGAGAAACUCAAAGUUCCAUAUAUUCGUAUUGAUGGUACAACGGAUCAGCAGUCACGUCAAGCCCUGUGUAAUGACUUUCAAAACAAGCCAGAGGUUAGGAUUGCUGUAUUGAGUAUUACAGCAGCUGGUGUAGGAUUGACUCUUACCGCAGCAGAUUCAGUUAUCUUUGCUGAACUGUAUUGGAAUCCCGCACAGCUGUUACAAGGAGAAGAUCGAGCUCAUCGUAUUGGAAGGAAUGGCGAUGUCAGCAUCAAGUACGUACUAGCUGAUGGCACCUUGGAUGAUACACAAUGGCCUAUGCUUCAAAAGAAGUUGAACGUCAUUGGAGCUGGUAUCGAUGGUGGUCAAGGCCAGAAGAUGGAAGCUACAAAUGAAGCGGAAGACUUUACUCCAGCUGGGCGAGAAGUCCAAAAGCAACGUGACUUGAUGCAAAAGUAUUUGACUCUUGGAACUGCUGCUAAUGAUGAUGGAGAAGGCUUGGAUAUGUUCUUUGCGAGACAACUGGAGAAUAGUGAUGAUUUCAUACAAGAUUCUCAAAUCGCACCAGCUCCAGUCGCUCGCGCUGCUGCAUCCAUAUCGUUUGCACCACUGACUCCAGCAGUGAGCACUUCAUCAAAUGCCGUGGAAACUCUUGUAGCUGCUACACCGCCUGCAGCUUCACCAUUGAAACGUAAAUUGGAUUUAUAUGAGAUCUCGGAUGAUGAUGAUUUUGCUACCGUCAAGCAAACGCCUCUUAAGCAACCAAAGAUGGAUAAAGUAGUAGGAAAUGGAGUAGGUGAACAGAAAGUACAGUUUCAGCAACAACCUCAGCAAGUACAGCUUCAACAAAAUCAACCUCAACAACAGCUUCAGCAAGGACCCCAACAGCAACAAAUUAUAAUGCAGUCUAAUCGACACCAGCAGCAACCAACUAUAUUGCAUCCUCCAAAACCAGUCCAGCUCCCAUGCGGAACAACUCAACCAAUGACAUCGUUAGAUGACGAUGAUCCAAUGUGGGAUCUACCGUCUGUCUUUGACGAGGUCGUAGCUGCACGCAAACGACGUGAAGCUGAAAGUCAACAUCUUGUCGACAUCAAACAAGACUUGAUGGAAUUGGACCAAGAUGGGGUUGACCGAGGAGAGAGUAUACCCAAUACGAUAGCAGAUUCGCCAUACAUCGCUCCUGGUAUAGUAAUUCCGACGACGAAGGCGAUGAUGAGCAGUCAAUCCGACUUUGAAAUUGGAGAAGAUCCUGAUUUCGAUAAUGUUGAUUUGGAUGCUGUUAUGGCUCAGGCUGGUAUUGUGACUCAGAAUGGUGGUGGUGGUGGUGGUGGUGGUGGUGGUGGUGGUGGUGGUGGCGUAAGCAGUGCGGGGGGAAUGAACACCACUUAUGGAACCUCGAUCAGGCCAGCAAUUGAAGCUCCUGCUAUGACUACAAGCAGCAACAAUAAUAGCAACAACAACAGCAGCAACGACUUCCACACGUAUAAUGGUAUUCGAAUGGCAACGUCAUCAAAUAACGCCAAUCCAUCGGUACAUGUUCCUUCACUUUUGGCAGUUUAUGUUGCUCCUCCACCACCACAACAGAAUAAUAAUGUUGCUCCACGAUCACAGUAUAUCGCUCCUCCACCACCGGUUCAAGCUCCUGUGGUAGAAAACAAUUAUGAGUUCCAGGAUGAGGACGACCUCACUGAAGCUUUGGCAAUGAUUGAACAAAUGGAAAGGGAUGAACGUGAGUGA